CUGGUGUGCCGAAGACACACGGACAAACGAGGUCGGUCACACAUUACAGAUUUCAACAUGAACUUCGUCUUUUAUACAUUAUGAUCAAGACAUUGUAUCAUAUCAUUCCAAAACAUCCGCCGAAGAAGAUCUUGUUUGAAUUGUUGGAUUGUCUAAAAAAACAAACAUUUCAGCAACUUUCACAAUAUUCUAUCUGGUCUAUCCAUCAUUUAGUGUCCUUUCUCCCUUUCAAUUUUCUUUCUCCCUUUCAACUCCUCUCUCUAAUUGAUGGUACUGCUUCCUUAAAACCAAUUAUUGUAAUCCCACCUUAAAAGCAAUUAUUGUCAUAACAAACAUAUUAGCUGCAAUAGUUUUGAGAUUGCAACCCAUAAGAAAUAUCUAAUUCCAUGCUACCAAGUUAAAAUAGCAAGUCCUAGCAAAAUUUAUUUCUUGCCGAGAAAUCCAUCAAUCACUGAGGUAAAGAUCAGGUGGCUACAGUUUCGCUGUCCUUGGUGCUGAUCCGCAAGAUUCUCUAAUAAUUGUAAUCAUAGGAGAAGACUAGCAUAGCAUUCCUAAUAGAGAAGUUGAGGAGAAACGAGGAAAGGCGUUUCUAGCUUUACCAAAGACAUAGAUGUGCGGUUGAGUGCUAACCAGAAGGAAAAUGAAUUAUUCAAAAUAGUUUAGUCAGAUUGUCUGCCAUUAUCAGAUAGUCGUCUAGUCACUCUGAAAGCAAAUAUGUCAUUCGUCAGUAUCAAACAUUUCAAGACAAUAAUUCGUUUUAUAAUUUUUCUUUUUACUCUGUAAAACGGGAUCCAUACAAGCAUUCCUCAUUUUUCCCUACAAUUCAAACCUAUUACAUACAACCGUUCCGUAGAUAGGCUCAUUGUUGUUCCACUCGGAUGAUGUCGGUAUUAUGGCAAGCAGCCAAGAGAGAAACAAUUUCCCAUGCUGCACGUUAGGCGUAGCGCGAUUUUAAUUGGUUAAAAGGUUUUCAGCAUUUCACAUCUCGUAUUUCAGUAUCACAGAUGACGCCGGUCAUGUGCGCCAAACUAAAGUGCUAUUGCUGCAGAUUGGAUUGAAGGAAAGAAUAGCUCUAAUGGGCUCAAAUCUCACCACUUUUGUGGACUGGUCCAAAAUAUCAAAGGGCCGUUUUUGUUCACCCGGCCUUCAUUUUUUGAUCCACGGUUAGCUCUAACCUUAAAUUUUGGAAUAGAGUUCAGUCUUGGGAUAGUGAGCUAUUGGACGUACAAAUGUCGGGACAGCAAUUAAGGAAUUCUAUUACUUUGAGUAUUGAAUUUUUUAUGGAGAAACUUUUCCCUGCUCCCCCAUUAAUUUUCGCCCUGAAGCCAUUUCUGAUGUUGAAACAAUAAAACAAAUCCGCACCUCAUUAUGAAGCACAUUACCGCCUAUUCCCCAGACUCUUGACUCACUUUUCAUGUACAAAAAGAUUGCUCAUCAAUAUUUGGGGCACCCUUUCUAUUUUCACGGAGGCAAUGUAUACUAAAACGUGACGUACAUUGAGCCUUGUUAUGUCCAAUUCUUCGAAGCGCAAUAUACCUUUAUUUCUCUAAAUGUACAUUUGUGACAUAAAAGGAUGUCUGUCAAUUAAAGGUUCCACUCUAUGGCACAUAUAGCAAUAUACAGAUCGGACAGCGUCUUCCUUUUAAGCAGGAAAACAUAUAAGCUUGUCUCUUUUGAUUCCAUACAAGAGUGAAAUUGCAUUACAUAACACUAGUUCUCUCGAGGAUGGAACAACAAUUCUUUAUAUUUAUCAUAUUCGUCAAUGUUCGAGUUUGAUACAUUAGUCUAUUUCUCUACCAUUCUCCUCACCUCUCCCCAUCGAUCUUUCCCUCGCCCGCAUCCCCUUCAAAACUGACUGAAUAGAACCGUCCGUACGGAACAUCUGUGCGGGUGACUUUUGACUGAAACGAUUACGACUGUAGCGAACUCUGAUGAGAGGAUCACAGUCCCUUGUUAAUUCACAAUCAAUAACUCUUCACAUGACCGCUGCUUAGCAGAAUGUCAUGUCAUGUGCAGCCAGCAAUGUUCUAAGUACCCAAUUCUAACUUAUGAGCCAAACAUUUUCUGUACAAACCAGGUGUGACUAUGUGACUAUCUAAAUCAAUCUUAAAUGAAAUUUAAGAAAGUAUAACUGCCAAUCCGCAAACGUUCCCUUGUGGUUAGUCUCUAUUGCUGCGGGAACAUAAAUUUUAUAAAGCAAAUUCAAACAGGUAUGUCUGACUCAAUCUUGAUGGACCCAAGCUCACGACUGUUUGAAGUCGCUGAGAUAUCCGCCCACCGCAUCCCUCUCUCUCCCGGAGCAGCACACCGCCCCCUGCGGCACUAGUGGGGAGCGCGGCGCGGUGGGCCAGUCCCCGCACACCGUCCACUUGUCUAUCCCAGACGGCAGCAUCGAUUUUCCAGGCGAGUGUAUCCGCACGUGGAUCUUCUGCCCACUAAUCCACACUCCGCCGCUAAUGGGGAAGCGGCUACAGGCGGCAAGGACGAUAUUAAACGGUGAUUGGAAAGAUAUAUAAGUUAUUUCUCUGUGGGCGCUUUACUGCGGAUUGGCGUUUUUCCCAUGAGCGAUAUGUGAUCACGUGAUCUGAGGAAGAGCCCUGUCAUUUGACGUUUGGCGGAGACCAGGCGGUAGUACACUAGGGCGGGAGAAAGGACGUACGGUCGCCCUCUGCGACGACUUUCUCCACCAUCUGCAUCACUUUUCUUCAAACGCAGCACGUACGAACCUCUCCACAUCGCUUCUUAGUGCGGCAUCAUUCUGUUUCCCUACCCGAUGACUUCCCCAACACUCAUUACAGUACUUUGUUAUCGGCACCGGACCGGCUUAGACUGAACAUCGCUUCAGAGUCGGACUUUAACUGGAUCUCACUACGUCUCCUUGUCCUUGUACUGGCGCGGACGUUCGAGAGGAAGGGCGUUAUCAGUUCUGCACAUGUACUGCAGUUGCAACCACCAGGCAGUUUUGACUGUAGUAGAUUUGAUAGAGUAAGAGUAACAAACCAUUGGUCCUUAAAGGUUUGAUGGUAGUGCGUGUUCUCCCGAAGCUUUGUCUAUAAAGACAUGUUGUGUCGACCGAGAAUAGAUGGUACUGAGGCCUUAAGGUGGGCAUUGUUCAUCUUCUCACACCUGUACUUCUUCGCCACCGGCUGGGCAACGGCUGACUUCACAACUGCAGUUGUCGGCAAUGUGACGGACAUCUACAAUGUUACAGAUGCGCCUACAGAAGUUCCUAGUGCCGUGGUGAAAGACAAAGCAGACCACACGAGGAAGGCUGCGAUCCACACCUCCAGAGACAGCGGCAGGCACUUCCCCAGCCUCCGCAACAUCGUCACCAUAUUCGAGGUGCUGGCCGUGGUCGCCGUCUUCACCAUCCUGUUUUCCGCUACCGCCAGCAGGAGAAAGAAGCCUCAGAAGAGAAGAAAGCCACGCCUUGUGAACGACUUGACCUUGAGACUGGAAGACCUGGAGAAGGUCGGAUUACAUCUUGAUCCAGAAUUGUCCAGGAACAACUUCACUAUCCUGCCGAAAAACGACAACAACAAUUACCUCCCGGGACCUACCAUCAUGGUGUAGCUGCACGUAUUGUCCGCUGUGUGUCGCUGCUGUAAGAAGAGGUUGGCACACAGAGAGCCGAAGUUGACUUGCAAAAAAACAACAACUUGAUUUUGAUUACAACUUGGUUGUUUGGAUGAAUAUCUUCCUAGGUUACGAUCUGGCACGCUUUGUACUAUUAUACUGAUGUAACAACAUAGAUUCGUUAGAUUACUAACACACAUUACCGGCCACGCGACGUGUAUAGUGAACUGAGACCUGUCCAGGGUUCCAAAACCUAAUGUGUAUAUAUUCUAUUGUAUAUAUGUAUGAUAGUGAAUGCCAGUAGAAUUAUGCCAGUAUCAUGAUGAACAAGAAAGCGUUCACCAAGGACAUGAAAUAGAACUAGUAUUUUUGUGAUUUCCGAUUCAUAUCACUGAGUAGUGCCAUUGUGAGGUUGAAUAGUUGCGGAGAAAUCCAUUAUUUGACAUGGAAUAUUGUAAUUUCUAAAUUAUAAGAGCAAGCGUAAACAUACUUAACCAGAUAAUGUUAACAACUAUGCAGAUUUUACAUACAAACUCUGCGGAAACACAAUUUCCAUAUCCAUGCUCAUUGGAGUGUCGCAAAGUAUUUAAUCGUCGAAGCUUCCCUGACGGAAUAAUAUUAAGUUCAGAUAACAACCGAUCAGAUGGACAAGAUAGAGGUUGUGCCAACGAGAUGUCAAUAUGUCCAUGUAUCACAGCAAGAUGGGGCACGUACAUCCCUGUUUGAAGGCUGCUUACUUUGCCUGUAUCAGUGCAUGUAUUUACUCGCGAUUUACUCCAGACGAGACAUGUGCUGUUUCACAAGACAAGAGAACAGUUGACGAUCUGCAUGGUCCCAAUGGGCAUGCUGAAGCGUGGUUGGGAUGAUCCACAGCGCAGACAGACACGACGUGUGGCGUCGGGCGUGGCGUUCAGCUUAGAAUCUAGAGGUCCUGAGUUCGAUCCCCGCCGUGCCCCCGACGUUGUGCCCUUGGGAAAGGCACUUUACACGACCUUCCUCACUAUA